UGGGGGCGGGGCAUUAUGAAUGGAUUGAGGGGUAAAUUCACAGCGGGUCGUUACAGGAAAACUCUGCUCGUUUCUCCGAAAUGAGUCGAUGCGAGUUGGAAUCGAAACUUACCGAACCCCUCCCAUCCGAGAAGGGUUCGGGUCUCCUGCGGGCGCAGCUUUUCAUCGUCUGCGUGCGAGAGCUGCGAGAUGGCGUCCGGAGUGCCCUAUCCGCCGGAGCUGGUCCCGAUGCAGGCUUCCAAGUCCUACGAAAUCCCGAUGGACCCCAGUGACACCACGGUGGUCCGCCACCAAACCACCACCACCUACCUGACGGAGAGACCCCAUCCCAAAGACUACAUCGUCUGGUCCCUGUGCAUGCUGUUGUACUACAACCCCUUCUGUCUGGGACUGACGGCCGUGUACUUCUCCAUCAAGUCCAGGGACAGGAAGGUUGUGGGGGACCUGGAAGGAGCCAGAUCCUACGGGAAAACCGCCUGCUGUCUCAACGUUUUCGCCCUGAUCAUCCUGCUCAUCUGCGUCAUUGUGUUCAUCGUGCUCUUUUCCACCAUCGUAGGGAGGAUCACAGAGAUGACCAGAGACAUGUCCUCAGGCCGGCAGAGCAUCUACUAUAGUGGCUAGCGGGGCCGGCCGGCUCUCCGGAGGCACACGCCGGCACAGCGGUGCCUUCUGAUACGGCGCAAAGCCACCUUCUUUAUGAACUCUCCUGUCCCACACAUCCCUGUUUUCUAUCAGUGUGGCCAAAGGACGACUUCCCGGCGCGUCCACAUGUGUGCUGCUCCCGAUGCUCCUGAUGCUCCCGAUGCUCCUGAUGCUCCUGAUGCUCCCGAUGCUCCCGAUGCUCCUGAUGCUCCCGAUGCUCCCGAUGCGCCUGAUCACCCAAAGGAGUUGAAUCAAGUGCAACUGGACUUGGUCUCAUACGGAUAGAGACCAAGUCCAGUUGCACGUGAUUCAACUCCUUUGGGUGACCAUGACCUGGAUGAAUGAGAACAUUCACAGAGAUGCUCCCGAUGCUCCUCAUGCUCCUGCUUUCUUAUUCACGCUUUGUUUGCAGCUCGAGCCCUGUAUUUACUCUACAGCUUUCAAUCUGACGAAGCAAUAAAUUCUAUUUUCCUAACCAUUC